CAUGAUGGAGGAUCACCGGCCCCUUACAUCACCAGUUAAGGAAGAGAGAACAACACCCGAGAGAUGUCCCAGUCCUCUUCUUCCACAGGAUAAUUCAGAAGAACAUCACUAUGUCCCACAGGAUGAUCAGGUAGAUGGAUAUAAGGGCAUGAUAAUGGAGGAUCACCGGCCACUCACAUCACCAGUUAAGGAAGAGAGAAGACCACCUGAGAGAUGUCCCAGUCCUCCUCUUCUACAGGAUGGUUCGGAAGAAUAUCACAAUAUCCCACAGGAUUAUCAGAUGACUGUAUCCGGAACUUAGAGAAACAUCUGAUAUCUUCAGAUUUUGAAGUAGAUGAUUGUGGUAUCACACAAGAUACAUUUGAAGAGCAUGCCAAUAUGCAAGAUAUACCCUCAUUCAAUCACAACAAUGCAUCAUUUGAUUCUUUUAAACUAGUCCGAUCUUCUGAUUCAUCACAGACUGUAAAACAGAAUAAAAGUCACAGAAGAGAUGCUAAACAUCAAACAGCUCACGUAAAAGAGAAACCAUUUUCAUGUUCAGAAUGUGGUAAAUGUUUUCACCAAAAAUCAAAUCUUGUUACACAUCAGAGAACUCACACAGGGGAGAAGCUAUUUUCAUGUUCAGAAUGUGGAAAAUGUUUUAACAAGAAAUCAGAUCUUGUUGUACAUGAGAGAAUUCACACAGGAGAGAAGCCAUUUUCAUGUUCAGAAUGUGGGAAAUGUUUUAACCAGAAAUCACAUCUUGUUAGACAUCAGAGAACACACACAGGAGAGAAGCCAUUUUCAUGUUCAGAAUGUGGGAAAUGUUUUAACCGUAAAUCACGUCUUGUUAUACAUCAGAGAACUCACACAGGGGAGAAGCCAUUUUCAUGUUCAGAAUGUGGAAAAUGUUUUAACCAUGAAUCAAAUUUUGUUACACAUCAGAGAACUCACACAGGGGAGAAGCGAUUUUCAUGUUCAGAAUGUGGGAAAUGUUUUAACAAGAAAUCAGAUCUUGUUGUACAUGAGAGAAUUCACACAGGAGAGAAGCCAUUUUCAUGUUCAGAAUGUGGGAAAUGUUUUCACCAAAAAUCAAAUCUUAUUACACAUCAGAGAACUCACACAGGGGAGAAGCUAUUUUCAUGUUCAGAAUGUGGGAAAUGUUUUAACAAGAAAUCAGAUCUUGUUGUACAUGAGAGAAUUCACACAGGAGAGAAGCCAUUUUCAUGUUCAGAAUGUGGGAAAUGUUUUAACCAGAAAUCACAUCUUGUUAGACAUCAGAGAACACACACAGGAGAGAAGCCAUUUUCAUGUUCAGAAUGUGGGAAAUGUUUUAACCGUAAAUCACGUCUUGUUAUACAUCAGAGAAAUCACACAGGGGAGAAGCCAUUUUCAUGUUCAGAAUGUGGGAAAUGUUUUAACCGUAAAUCACGUCUUGUUAUACAUCAGAGAAAUCACACAGGAAAGAAGCCAUUUUCAUGUUCAGAAUGUGGGAAAUGUUUUAACCAUGAAUCAGAUCUUGUUAUACAUCAGAGAAUUCACAAAGGGGAGAAGCCAUUUUCAUGCAGAGAAUGUGGGAAAUGUUUUAACCGUAAAUCAAAUCUUGUUGUACAUCAGAGACUUCACACAGGGGAGAAGCCAUUUUCAUGUUCAGAAUGUGGGAAAUGUUUUAACUGUAAAUCAACUCUUGUUGUACAUCAGAGACUUCACACAGGGGAGAAGCCAUUUUCAUGUUCAGAAUGUGGGAAAUGGUUUAAAUGUAAAUCAGGUUUUGUUCAACAUCAGAAAAAUCACACAGGAGAAAAGCCAUUUUCAUGUUCAGAAUGUGGGAAAGGUUUUCACAAUAAAUCAGAUCUUGUUAGACAUCAGAGAAUUCACACAGGGGAGAGGCCAUUUUCAUGUUCAGAAUGUGGGAAAUGUUUUCACAAUAAAUCAGAUCUUGUUAUACAUCAGAGAAUUCACUCAGGAGAGAAGCCAUUUUCAUGUUCAGAAUGUGGGAAAUGGUUUAACUGUAAAGCAGGUCUUGUUAUACAUCAGAGAAAGCACACAGGAGAGAAGCCAUUUUCAUGUUCUGAAUGUGGGAAAUGUUUUCACAAUAAAGGAGAUCUUGUUGUUCAUCAGAGAAUUCACACAGGGGAGAAGCCAUUUUCAUGUUCAGAAUGUGGGAAAUGUUUUCACUGUAAAUCAGAUCUUGUUAGACAUCAGAGAAAUCACACAGGGAAGAAGCCAUUUUCAUGUUCAGAAUGUGGGAAAUGUUUUCACAAUAAAUCUGAUCUUCUUGUACAUCUGAGAGUUCACACAGGGGAGAAUCCAUUUUCAUGUUCAGAAUGUGGGAAAUGUUUUAACCGUAAAUCAUCUUUUGUUAGACAUCAGAGAAUUCACACAGGGGAGAAGCCAUUUUUAUGUUCAGAAUGUGAAAGGUGUUUCUGCUAUAAAUCAUCUCUUGUUAAACAUCAAAAAACCCACAUAUAAGAAAAACCAUCUUCAUGCUUAGCCCGUUGGUGAUCUUACUUAUGUGUUUUUAUUGUGGUCACUCACUGGCUUUAUUCCUUCAAAUACUCCUUUUUACAGGGAGAUAAAACAGCGCCUUGCUUUCAGUUACCAGAGGUAGCUGAGGGCUUGGAGCGAUGAUUGGAACCGCUGUGAGAGCUCCCCAAACAAACAUAGUCUCCUGUAUUGAAUGAAUAUUGGUAAUCAAAGAACAGAUCCAGUUAAAAGUGAAACUAAGUUUAUAUAUAAAUUAAAAAGUAUAAAGCUGCACCAAUGCGUCAAGGGUCACGAUGUUGUGCUCACAGUCAAAUAGAAUCACCUCUUCUACACAAGUUAAAAAAUCUAAAAAGCAAAAGCAAAACUGGGCACUCACUGACAAUGGAGAAAAAUUAAGAGCAAAUUUAUUAAUACUGAACAAAUAACAUAAAAUACAAAUAAAAUUGGUACAAUAGAUAGCAGCAGUCUUGGACACCUCGGGGGGGAGGGGGGGGUCUCUAAAGUGCAAAAAUCAUUAGCAGCAUAUGAUACUCCCAUAAAACCAAUAAAGUCAAUAAAUCGAUAGAUAUAGAGUAAGAUCGAUUACUCUUUGU